GCCGUCUCUGUGCGGAAGGAGGCUUUCGGUAGUGCAGUAGUGUGACUCCUACCAGCUGUUUCCCGCCUUGAAAGCCAUCCCAUCAGCUGCACACACACACAGGGCCAUGCAGAGGGAGAAGGAGAGGGGAGGGAGCGACAGAGAGCGAGGUAGAGCGCCACACACAACGAGGGAACCCCAUCAGCUGGAAGACGAGUAACAUUACAACUCUGAGCAGCCUCAAACUACCACUCUACACUCACGAGAUUAUACAUUAUCUGAGGAUAAAUCCGCGUUGCAUCACGGCAGUUUUCUUUGUACAACGGUUCCGCUUUCCUUUACAUCUAGAGCGUUUGUUUUGUGUUUUUUUGGGGACGGGGGGGACCAAAACUGGCGAGUGGUGAGCAUGGAGUAUUUCAUGGUACCCGCUCAGAAGGUGCCCUCUUUGCAACAUUUCAGAAAAACGGAGAAAGAAGUCAUUGGAGGGCUCUGUAGUUUGGCCAAUCUUCCUCUAACGCCCGAAACAGCCCGGGACCAGGAAAGACGAAUACGCAGAGAGAUCGCCAACAGCAAUGAGCGUCGGCGUAUGCAAAGCAUUAAUGCUGGUUUCCAGUCACUGAAAACACUCAUCCCACACAGUGAUGGAGAGAAGCUGAGCAAGGCUGCUAUCUUGCAACAAACUGCAGACUACAUUUUUACUUUAGAGCAGGAGAAGACACGGCUAUUGCAACAGAACAGUCAGCUCAAACGAAUCAUACAAGAACUAAGUGGCACAUCUCCUAAAAGAAGGCGUGCAGAAGAAAAAGAUGAAGGGAUUGGCUCUCCUGAUAUUCUGGAGGAGGAGAAGACUGAGGACCUCAGACGUGAGAUGAUUGAGCUAAGACAGCAGCUGGAGAAAGAACGUUCUGUCAGGAUGCUCCUGGAAGAACAGAUGCGUUCACUGGAUGCACAGUUUUAUCCUGAGAAGCUGAAAGCUCUUGCCCUCCAUGUGCAGGAUCAGCAGACACAAAGCCUUGUCCAACUGCAACAACAGAAGCAGCAGCUGGAGAGGGACCUCACUCCAGUGCACAGCCCACAGGUGCUUGCCCCAGCCACCCCUCCUGCCCCCACUCAUCAUGCUACGGUUAUUGUCCCUGCACCUGUCCAACCUCCACAGCCCCAUCACGUCACUGUGGUAACCAUGGGCCCAGCCUCUGUUAUCAACACAGUGUCCACAUCUCGACAGAAUUUGGACACCAUUGUUCAAGCAAUCCAGCACAUUGAGGGCACCCAGGGUAAAUCUAGUGCAGGUGAGGAGGAGCAAAGGAGAGCAGUUAUUGUUACUUCUGGACGUCUUCUCUCAGAAGCCGUUGGCUCAGACACAGCCUCCAACAGUGACGGACCAGAUGACUGCUCACUGCCCUGAGGAGGACUCCUUUGUUCUGCAUGCCGUACACACACAUACACACUCAACAGCACUAUGAGGACCUUCAUAAGGCUGAUAGAAAGACUAAAGCACUCUUUGAGAUUUUUAUAAACACUCUACUUUUUGUCAGCCCAGAGGCAUAGACUGAAUCUUAGACUGGUUUAAAUUUUCUAGCAGUCCUACCUGCAAUGCAUUUGUAUUCGCCACCCUCUAAAUUUAAUCAAUACCGUAUUACUUUAUCAAGUAUUCAAUGAAACCUUUUUUUUUAAAUUUCCUCAGAAAGCUCUAUAACCAUUGUUCUAUAGACACAUCAUGCCGAAUUGCUAAUUAUUGCAACUAUUAUGUCCCCAGAACGUCUUUUUUUGGAUCUUGAAUUUGUUUGUCUUUAGAUCCCUCUGAGAGAUAAUAUUUUGUAUGUUCUGGAUUCUCUAAGCUAGAAUUUCAAAGAGAAUGUAAUAGAUAUAAGCUUCAUGUUGACAGAAACUGUUUUCAUGGCUUAUUGGUGCUAACAGGAAAUUAAGCAUGAUUUAGGAGUGCACAUAACGGUUCAUUGCUACUUUGUCUUUUUGCCUUUUUGUGUUACUGGGCUGGGUUCCCAGUAAUCCCAUAUGUUGUUGCGUGUUUGUUUCUGUCAUUGCCUGGCUACAGUGAAUACAGUGCUUUGAUAUUGACGCUCUCUUAUGAUAAAAAGUCAAAGUAAUCAGCAGGGUCUAAGAGGUGGUCUGGAGUGUGGGUGCAGAGAGUGGCACCUCAUCUGCUUUGUAUCCAUCGUAUACAUUUAAACAAAACUGACGUACAAUCACCCUUUUUGAUGAAUUUGAAGAGCUUCUUUCUAAACCAUGGAUGUUUGAAGUUUGAUUAAGUAAUGAACAGCCCAUAGAUGUUCUAUGCAUUUUCAGACAUAUCUAUAUCACUUGUUUGUUUACCUUGUAUACUAUAUUUUCUUUUCUUUUUUGUGUUCAUUUUAUGAUCAUUUCUGGGGUGGAAAUUUAAGACCCAGAUGGAGAAGAGGCAUAUAGCCUUACUCCAGUGCGGGAGGCACUGUGGAGCCAGCCUUAACACAGCCCCUGGGCUCUAAUAGACUACAGUAUGUACCCAACUGUUGUAUGUCUCCCUAUGGUUUUUAACCCCACUGUUACCAUGAGAGGGUCUUGCACCUCAGAGGUGUUAAAAUACAUGCUGACAUAUGUAGGCUUAGGCUACUUUUGCUGUUUCAUUUAUUAUAAGUGUACUUGUUGCUGGUAUGUUUUCUUCAUAUAAGCACUCUCUCCAAAUAGAGUGCACAGUGUCAUCUAGAUCUGGAUUUGCACUUGUUCUCAUGCACUGGUGCAGUGCUUGUAAACAUUCCAUUCAGUCAUAUCUUCCCUGCACAUUGAAACCAGGUGAUACAUGGAAAAGCCAUACCUGGUACACCAGAGAUUAUGAAUGCAGCUCUUGACACAUGACCUGUAAGUGAAAUGUGCUUUUCUUCAAAGUCAUUGUUCUGUACAUGCAUAGAUGGAGCUGCUGGACAGAUAAUGUGUUCGGGUUCAACACAUUGCAUCUAUCAUAGAAUUGCCCUUUAAAUAUAUUGAUGUCAGCUGCACUGUAGUCUGUUAAACAAAGCAAAGGGGCACUUACUCUAUCAAUGAAAAAGGGGAAUUUUCGGGAUAUCGAGGUAUGCCUUAUGUUUGUAGAGCCCCUGUUUGUCUCAUAAAUUUACUUUUGUCUUUUUUUCUUUUUUUUGUCAAAAGCAUGGACAUAUCAGAAUAUAGUGGGCCUGGCAGAUCAAAAACUAUUAAGCACUUACUGUACUAGACAAGCAGAGAUCCUUUGUGAUUGACAAAGAAAGCUUUCUGUACGGUUCCUACUUGAGGUAAAAGCAAAAACUUUACAGCUGUGUAUAUAUUUUGUCCUUUCCCCCAUGAAACACUUUUUAUUAUUUUGCCAA